AUGGCAAAGCCAUCCACGUUCAGGCAAGCUGCCGAAGGUGCCAGUCACCACAUCUCUGGUCGAUGUGAGGAAAAUAAAGACAAUGACGAUGAAAAUCUGUCCGACACAAGCGAUGCUGCUGCUGAGAACAUUCAGACAAUCGAUAUCGGCCCUGGUGAGUUUGAUACCUACGCCAUUGCAUACAUAUGCAAAGAACAGACUAUUCGCAUGAAGAAAGCCGUGGAAGAGACCAAAAGCAAACCUUUUCAGGCAACUAAAACGGCGCCCGACAACACUUAUAAUGAUAAUGAUACUGAAACUUCAGCUUUCAAUGCAAAUGACAGCAACAUGCACGCACAAGCCAGGGAUCCGAACCCGACGUACACACAAAAUAUGAACCCUCAACCGAUGGACGCCGAAAACGACGUUAACCCGAAUCCGAUGUACCUGCAAAGCACCAUGGAGCCAAUCGCCAGCCCUGGUCCCGCCAGGAAUCCAAACCCGAUGUACACACCUAACGCUACGAACACUUCUCCGACGCACUCCAGAAACGACGUUAACCCCAAUCCGAUGUACCUGCAAAGCAGCCCUGGGCCCACCUUCAAGUCAAAUAAGAGUGAUGACAAUCCCUGCACCCAGACAUCAGCUGAUACACAUCAGCAAGCCUUCUCCAGGCCAGCGACUAACAACGAUGACAACCAUUGUCUUCAACCAUAUGCUGUAACACGCUGCCAACCAGAUGCAUUUACACAUCAUGAACUUGAUAUUGCUGUUCAAUACGAAGAAGAUGAAACAUUCGGUGAGUCAGCAAACAAUGAUGGCAAUCCCUGCAUCCAACCAUAUGCAGUUACCCACCAAGAAGACCAGGAGCCCUCACUCAACUGUGAUGGUGGCCAGCUGCCAGAUGAGGUCAUUCAACCAUACGCUGUCGCAUACAUGUGCCAGGGUGACUUGGAGCGGAACACAACUUCGGAAGACCUGUCCUCCCAGAAUCAGAAUCAACCAGCGGCGGCUUCGAACAAUGAUGUCCUGCAUGCACUCGAUCCAAAUCCGGCGUACGCUGCCGCAGACAUGUGCCAGGGUGACGUGGAGCGGAACACAGCUUCAGAAGACACUCAAGGAAGCCUGUCCUCCCAGAAUCAACCAGCGGCGGCUUCUAACAGCAUCAAUGACGCCAAUGAUGCCCUACACGCACUCAAUCCAAAUCCGAUGCAUGUGCCAAACGUCCAGCAUCCUGCAGCGCACGAUGAUUAG